AUGGCGUACAACCGACCCUACAACCCGGACGAGCUUCCCAGGUUCGCAGAGCCCGAAUCGAAGGGCAGCAGCCAGAAAAUUCCGUCUCCUUCCCAGGCAAGCCCCCAAUACUACCAGCCGCAGAUCCCACCAAGCCGAUAUGAGAACAAGCCUGUUCCUCCACGGCCCGAGCAGAGGCCUCUUGGUAGCGCGACACAGCAGCGCCCGCCGGCAACCAGCCGUCCCCCGCCGAGUCCUGCACCACCCGAGACCAGAGAUGGCAACGAUCCUACCCUGAGGCCGUUGUUCAGGGCAGUCGACAAGGACGGUACCGGCCAGCUCUCUGAAAGGGAACUCUCGGCGGCCCUCGUCAACGGAGACUGGACAGCUUUUGACCCGCACACGGUCCGCAUGAUGAUUCGCAUGUUCGACUCCGACCGCUCCGGUACCAUUGGUUUCGAUGAGUUCUGCGGCCUCUGGUCGUUCCUGGCCAGUUGGCGUACGCUCUUUGACCGCUUCGAUACGGACCGUUCCGGCAACAUUUGCCUUGACGAGUUCCGCAAUGCGCUCGUUGCCUUCCGGUAUCGGCUGUCGGACCGCUUCACCGAGCUGCUAUUUAGGACGUACGACAAGCGCGGCGAGGGCUCCAUGAGCUUUGACCUGUUUGUUCAGAGCUGCAUCUCUCUCAAGCGCAUGACGGACGUUUUCAAGCGCUACGAUGACGACCGGGACGGCUACAUCACGCUCAGCUUUGAGGACUUCUUGACCGAGAUUCUGAAGCAGCUCAAGUAG